AUGCCACGAUCCUUCCUAGUGAAGAGUAAGAAGGCACACACCUACCACCAGCCCCGUGCACAGGAUGAUGACCUGGUUUGGCCUCCUGCCGUAAUACCUGUGGUGAAAGAGCAUAUCGUGAGUAGCAGCCCUGGCCUUGGCACACUACUCCCAAGCCAAACUCUGGACUGGAACACAGUCAAACAGGAGCGAGAGAUGCUGCUGGACCAGAGCCUGCCCAAGAUGGCCUCAGCCCCAGAGGGGCCUCUUGUGACAUCCCAACCCCAGGAUGGGGAGUCGCCGGUCUCCGAGUCACCCCCUUUCUACAAGCCUAGCUUCUCUUGGGAUACCCUGGCCUCCUCCUACAAUCACAGCUACCAACAGACCCCCUCCACCAUGCAGUCCGCUUUUCUGGAGCGCUCUGUGAGGCUGUACGGCAGCCCCCUCGUGCCCAGCACCGAGUCCCCCUUGGACUUCAGCCUCCGCUACUCUCCGGGCAUGGACACUUACCACUGUGUCAAGUGCAACAAGGUGUUCUCCACCCCUCAUGGGCUAGAAGUGCACGUUCGCCGCUCUCACAGUGGAACCCGGCCCUUUGCCUGUGACAUCUGUGGCAAAACCUUUGGCCAUGCUGUGAGCUUAGAGCAGCACACGCAUGUCCAUUCCCAGGGCGUCCCAGCCGGGUCCAGUCCUGCGCCCAGCUUGGCUGUCCCGGGCCUCGAGGCCCCACCUGCACCUGACCCCCCAGGGCCUCGUUUCCUCCGGCAGGAGCGUAGCUUCGAGUGCCGGAUGUGUGGCAAAGCCUUCAAGCGCUCAUCCACCCUGUCUACCCACCUGCUCAUCCACUCGGACACUCGGCCCUAUCCCUGCCAGUUCUGUGGGAAGCGCUUCCACCAGAAGUCGGACAUGAAGAAACACACCUACAUCCACACGGGUGAGAAGCCCCACAAGUGUCAGGUGUGCGGGAAGGCCUUCAGCCAGAGCUCUAACCUCAUCACCCACAGCCGCAAGCACACAGGCUUCAAGCCCUUCAGUUGUGAGCUGUGCACCAAGGGCUUCCAGCGCAAGGUGGACCUACGCCGUCACCGUGAGAGCCAACACAACCUCAAGUGAGACUACUGGCCAUCCUGCUCCAGUAUGUCUCAUUCCAAGGCCAGCCUUACAAUUCUGACCCUUCUCCCGAGUCCUCCCAGAAGUAGCGCUGGCCAGGAGACUCUCUGCUUCUUCUGAGGCUCACGGAGUUGCCAGGCAACCUCAGGCAAGCCACACUCCUUCUCAGACUGCCAUAAGGUGUAGGAGUCAGCUCUGGCCUUUCUGAACGGAAGCAAUCACAUUGAUGUCCUCUGGUCUUGUCCCCUGCCACAGCAUAGAAAGCUACAAGACCCUGGUGGACAAAACUGAGAUGCUAAAACCAGACAAGAGCCAGGAUCCACAGAGAACCCCUCCUGCAUCUUCUCUGGGCCUGGGGACUUUAAAUUUUUAAGGAUUCUCUUUCUGGUUGCCACAGUCAGAGUUGCCUCCUGCCCCAGCUGGAGGUCUGGCACCCCUCUGCUUUAGCCAG